UAAACUAUGGAUUGGACGCUUCGUCCUGACUGAAUCUUCAACACAAUCACGGUUUGUUUAGCUACAAAGUGGCGGGAGUUCGCAAUCAGAAUACUGUUGUUGUGGAUCAAAAGUAUAAAGUCUACAAUACUACCUACAGUACAGUACGUGACGCUCGUGUUUUGCACUACGAGGGUUACAACGUUAACCCUUCGAUAUUCCACCAUGGGUCAUCUGAACUGGACAGUCCAGCUCCUGUCUGUCCUUGCCGUGUCCACCCUCCUGUGUGUCCGUGCCCAGGACAUAUCAGUGUUCGAUGAAUUCCCCGAUGACCUUGGGUUUGAUGACCUUGGGUCCGCCAUUGGGCCAAUCUUCCCUCGUCCCGCAGUCUUCCCAGAGUGCACUGCGGGGAGCUCGUGUGUGCUGAGCUGCCGUUACACUGACGAUAAGGGUAACGUCCUUCCGAACAGGGCGCCCGUCCGACUGACCAUGGACAAGCAGGAGGAACGCCUGAGGGCGCUGGUUUCCCGCCAAGAGGAGGUCAUCUACCAACAAGGGCUGCUGGAACAACAGCAACAGCAGCUGGUCAACCUUCUACAGGCGUCCACUGCAGACCAACAGCUGGCAGCACUCGACAGCGAGACUUGCCUGUCGUGCAGCCCGACCCAGUGGUGUGAGCGGGAGGGGAAGACGCAGUGCCGGGACUGCACCGUCUGCCAGGGCGGCUACAGGGCGCGGUCCGACUGCACCAAAUUCUCGGACGCCACCUGCAUCGACAUCGACGAGUGUCGAGAGGGCACGGACACCUGCAAGGCCGACCAGCUGUGCGUCAACACCCAGGGCACCUUCGUCUGCGUCGAGAGCGUCGGAAGAUGCCCCAAGGACAGCUACUUCGACUUGAAGACGAAGAAGUGCGAGAGUUGCAGCGUCUGUACGGAAGGGAUCAGCUUCUUGUACCUCCCGUGCGGCGUCGUGAACGAUUCAGUCUGUACCCCCUCCGUAGGUGCCACGUUAUCCUCUCUCUGGAUGGGUAAAAUAAACGAUCCCAGCUUAGUCACCAGAGCUGAAAACCUCGCCAACGGCAUCAAAGUAGACCUCAACUCAUUCCACUCUCAAAACAAUUCCUACUUCCAGAACAUGCCAAGAAAGGGGAUGGUCAAAUUUCGCAAGCACGGAUUCGUAACCGUGACGUUUAACUUCGCGGCUCGCCAUUCUUGUAACGACUUCUUGCAGUUCGGCGUCAGGACUUCAGAACUGGGCGGGUUGGCUGCGGCACGGUUGACUGAGCUAAGCGGAAAAUACUUCCAAGGUUCGACGAUUUCUACCACGGUCGAGGUAGACCCGCAAGACGAGCUGUCUUUAGAUGUCAAAAGUGGUACGUACUACUGUUUCAAGAACUCGAACGACGCUCGCUACUCGACGACGUUUGAAGAAAUCGCGGCGGACAACUUGGCGGGACCUAUGAGUCUACUGUGGCUCUCACACGAAAGUGCCGCGGUAUUCCUUCGUGCAGAAACCCGACAGACUACCUACGAAACCGGCUGGCGGGCAACCUUCAACAUGAAGGAGACAUCCGACCAUUACAUCCUUCGUUUGGACUCGUACACGUACUUUAACAUCAGGGAGGGAGGGAACCUAAGGUUUUCCUUCAUGCAGGCGUACUUUUUAAGCGGACAAGCUUGCCGAAGCAACGGUUUAGUCGUCAUACCGAAACUCUUAAAACGGGACGGGCAAGUUAUAGACUUGUUUGAGAACUACCAAAGAGGGGUACCGCUGCAGUAUAACUCGAUUCUCACCGCUGGUAGCGUGCCUGUUGAAUACAACGACAAACUGUUCUUCGACGUGGAAACCGCUAGGAGUUGUAAGAUGUACUUUUACGGUAACAACGAAGGUGUAGGUACCGUAAGUUUGCUGUGGGUGCCGUUUCGACAAUCGGCGUUGUAUGCAGGAAUGCUUGUGAAUGGUGAGGACCUUUUUGGUGUAGGGGAAGAGACUCAGCUUCGGUUUCAGGAGGUAAACAACACGGACACACGCACGCUUCGUCAGCUACGCAAUGGGAAACUCAAGUUCAAACGCAGCGGCCGCAUCCUAGUGGACUAUCACGGCGUGCUCAUGCACUCCUGCGCCUACGCGAAAGUCACGGUGUACUACGAGAACCGUCCAGGAGCGACCCCUAUCCCUUUUGCCCAGCAAGUGCAGGGGAAGACGGACUCGGAGAAGGAGGGGUUAGUGCUGAGCGGGGCGUACACGGUCAAGGCUAACUCGAGGAUAUACUUGACCUUGACCUGUGCUGAGGGAAGAGUGAACGAAGUCUUUAACGGGAGAGUCAAUGCUGUAUCUGUAUUAUGGUUUCCUCCAUAACGUCUACAGUUAUUUCUUGCAGUCUACUUUUCAUCAAUUCAGUCACUACACAUUAGUACUAUCUAUACACUAAAUUUUUGGCGACGCCUCAAGUGCUAGCAUACCAUGCGCCAGUAUGUAAUUGUCAUUUUGUCCAUGCCUAAAAUGUCCAUGUGUUUCUUUUAGGCAAUGUUAAACGUUACGUUUUUUUUUUUAAAUUUUGAUUACUUGUAUACUACUUGAUAUCAAAACUAUAACUUUUCUGUGUAUGUAUCCUUCAGUUUUCUGCUUCUGUGGGCAUGGCCUAUAACCAACUGUGUCAGCUAAUCAGGAAAUCAGCAUUACCUAAAGAAAACAUGUAGACAAUUCUCUGAUUGGCUGACAGCCGGUCAAAAGCAAAGCCCACAAAAAGUGGAAACUUCAACCUGAUAAGCAGAGCCUCCACAAGGUAUAAUUUAUAGGCUUUGGGAAAGGCUCUGUAUAGGGGAAUGCCGAUUACUAAUACUAAGCUAUUUGUUUAGUGUAUUUGUCACUGUUUUUGUGG